UGCUCAGCUUUGUGCUGUGCUGUCUAAGUCUUCUUUUCAGUUACCAAAUGUGUGGAUGGUACAGAUCCAAAGUGAAAUUGAGAGUGCAGAGGUGAGCUCCAUAUUGUCAAGGAAAAACUGGGGGAUGAGUUAUGCCUUGAAGAAACUGGAGACAUUUGGUCCAACAAAACAAAACAAGAUUUUUUAAAACUCUCCUAUUUCCCCAUGGGCAGUCUAUUUGUGUUGAUGCUUUAUCAUUUCAUAAUUUCCUCAUUUCGUUGUUUCAUGGAGUGAAGAGAACUGACAUGCUGUCCAAUAAACUUCCUUGUUCUCCUUAUGCAAGAAAGGAAAUCCUGACUUAAUGUAUAACCACAGAACAAGUAAUAUUCUACAUCUAUCGGAGUUGAACUUCCUAAAAGACAAAGUGUUCAUCUUUCAAGAUUCAUUCUCCCUGAAUCUUACCAACAAAACACCCCUGAGGAGAAAGAGAGGGAGGGAGAGAAAAAGAGAGAGAGAGAAACAAAAAGCCAAAGAGAGAGAAAAAAAUGAAUUCAUCAACAUCAUCUGAAUCACAAUGCACAGAGAGAGGAUGCUUCUCUUCCCAAAUGUUCUUAUGGACUGUUUCUGGGAUCCCCAUCCUAUUUCUCAGCGCCUGUUUCAUCACCAGAUGUGUUGUGACGUAUCACAUCUUUCAAACCUGUGAUGAGAAAAAGUUUCAGCUACAUGAGAAUUUCACAGAGCUGUCCUGCUACAAUGAUGGAUCAGGUUCAGUCAAGAAUUGUUGUCCAUCGAACUGGGAGUAUUUUCAAUCUAGCUGCUACUUCUUUUCUACUGACACCAUUCCCUGGACAUCAAGUUUAAAGAACUGCUCAGCCAUGGGCGCUCACCUGGUGAUUAUCAACUCACAGGAGGAGCAGGAAUUCCUUGCCUAUAAGAAACCUAAAAUGAAAGAGUUUUUUAUUGGACUGUCAGACAAGGUGGUCGAGGGUCAGUGGCAAUGGGUGGAUGGCACACCUUUGACAAAGUCUCUGAGCUUCUGGGAUGUAGGGGAACCCAAUAACAUAGCUACCCUGGAGGACUGUGCCACCAUGAGGGACUCUUCAAACCCAAGGCAAAAUUGGAAUGAUGCUACCUGUUUCUUCAGUUAUUUUCGGAUUUGUGAAAGGCUAGGAAUAAAUAUUUUGAACAAAGGAAAAUCUAUUUAAGAACAGAAGGCAUAACUUCAAUGGAUAAAGACGGAAGGACAAGAACAUGGCCACACCCACCGCCCCACACGAGAAACUUGUGCGCUGCACUUCGAAGGACUUCAUAAGUAUUUGUUACUCUGAUAUAAAUAAAAAUAAGUAGUUUUAAAUGUUUUAACUCA